GAGAAUAUAUAGAAAAGACUGCAUAGCUAAAAUACUAAUAAAAACUCACAGACGGAAGAGGAAUCUGCUCCAAAGGUAGCGGUAUGUCUGUAUGACGUCAGACGUAGGAGGUCGUUGAAGUGGGAAGCAAGAUGUCGCUAGCGAGCUUUCUACCCGCGCCCACGCAGCUGUCUCAGGACCAGCUAGAGUCUGAGGAGAAGGCUAGAGCCCAGAGGUCCCGGUCCACAGCGCUGGUGUCGUCUCGCAGAGAGCCACCCCCCUAUGGCUUCAGAAAAUCCUGGGUUCCCCGGACCCUGGAGGACUUUGGCGAUGGAGGUGCGUUCCCAGAGAUCCACGUGGCCCAGUAUCCCCUGGAUAUGGGCAGGAAGAAGAAGACCUCCAACGCUCUGGCUGUUCAAGUGGAUUCUGAAGGAAAGAUCAAAUAUGACGCUAUCGCGCGGCAAGGCCAAGGAAAAGAAAAGGUUAUUUAUAGUAAGUACACAGAUUUACUUCCAAAAGAAGUGAUGAAUGAGGAUGACCCUGACCUACAGAAGCCAGAUGAAGAAGCAGUCAGAGAGCUGACGGAGAAGACCCGCUCGGCGCUGGACAAGCAGGUCUCUCAGAAGAUCGCGGCGGCCAUGCCGGUGCGCGCGGCAGAUAAGCAGGCCCCCGCGCAGUACAUCAGGUAUACGCCUUCACAGCAGGGAGUGGCGUUUAACUCGGGAGCGAAGCAGAGGGUUAUUCGCAUGGUGGAGAUGCAGAAGGACCCCAUGGAGCCGCCCAGAUUCAAGAUCAACAAAAAGAUUCCCCGUGGACCUCCUUCCCCUCCAGCACCCGUAAUGCAUUCCCCAAGCAGAAAGAUGACCGUGAAGGAACAGCAGGAGUGGAAGAUUCCACCGUGCAUUUCAAACUGGAAAAACGCAAAGGGUUACACGAUUCCAUUAGACAAGCGUUUAGCUGCGGACGGGCGGGGCCUGCAAACUGUCCACAUCAACGAAAACUUUGCCAAGCUGGCCGAAGCCCUGUACAUCGCUGACAGGAAGGCUCGAGAAGCUGUGGAGAUGCGGGCACAGGUGGAGAAGAAGAUGGCGCAGAAAGAGAAGGAGAAGAAGGAGGAGAAGCUCAGGGAGCUGGCUCAGAUGGCCCGAGACCGGAGAGCUGGCAUCAAAGGCCACGGAGACAAAGGUGCCGAGGACUCAGAGGUGCGAGAGCGCGACGAGAUUCGCCAUGACAGACGGAGAGACAGACAGCACGACCGCAACAUCUCCAGAGCCGCCCCUGAUAAGAGGUCGAAGCUGCAGAGGGAUCAGGACAGAGACAUCAGCGAGCUCAUCGCUCUGGACAUGCCCAAUCCCCGUCCCUCCAGCGAAGCUCAGUACGACCAGCGCCUCUUCAACCAGACCAAGGGCAUGGACAGUGGCUUCGCUGGGGGAGAGGAUGAAAUCUACACCGUGUAUGACCAGCCCAUGAGGGGCAGUCGAGACAUGGCCCAGAACAUCUACAGGCCCAGUAAGAACGCCGACAAAGACAUGUACGGAGACGAUCUGGACACCCUCAUCACAAACAACAGGUUUGUACCGGACCGGGACUUCUCCGGGGCCGACCCAGGCUCUCGCAGGGACGGCCCUGUGCAGUUUGAAGAGGAUCCAUUCGGUCUGGAUAAGUUCUUGGAGGAGGCCAAACAGCACGGUGGAUCCAAAAGGCCAUCCACUAGUGGACGCUCAAAGGAUUAUGACCAUGACAAAAAGCGCAGAAAGGAAUAAUGUUUUGUGUACUUUUUUUUUUUUCUUGUCUUUUUUUUAGGGGUAGGGUCUUGUUGAUUAAUUCUUUUAACACUUCAUGGCUAGAUUUGAUGCACAAAUACUGUGGAUGUGAGUUUUUUUUUUUUUUUUUUUGGUCCAUUUUUUCCCCCUUGUUGCUUUAUAUGCGAAUGUGUUUACAUGCUGUCAAUGUACUGGAUGUAAAUGCAGUUUUAAGUAUGCAUACCUGUGUUGCAUUGUCAGCAACAUAUAAACCUGUAAAAUGUCUCAAGCCUGUUUUUAAACUCUGUUUGAAUCAGGGAUAGAUCAGUUGCUUUGUUCCUCCAUUUCUCUUGAGUAGAAUAUAAAUAAAAUCUGUACACCAAGUUAAACAAUAUUUAUCCUCGCUUGUAUAGUAAUUCUACAAUAAAUGUUGCAUUUGUGGACCAGCCCAUUCUCAA